AUGAAGAGGAUAUUCCCAACAUGUGUCGCAAGAUGUUUCCAUGUUGGUUCCAAGCGUGUGGAUACACCUGAAAAUUUUAUGUGUUUUGAAGAAAUCAGAUCACGAAAAGCUUUGGAAAUCUUUAAUUCUAUUAGUAUCAACCCAGCCAUCAAGGUUCAAAAAUGGAAACUAUCCUACAUUGAGGAAUGGAUUGCAGCACGCUCACAUCCAAUCCCUUUCUUUGUCCUAAUUGAGACCCACCUAAAUGACCUUCAUUUAGAGGCUGAACUGAAAACCAAAGACUUCAGUGCCAUUCGCUCAGAUCGGGCAGGCCAAAGAAACGAUGGAGUUGCUGUUUCCCUCCAUGAUUCUUUCAGCACAGAUACCAAGGAUCUUUUCUCCAACGGCUACUACGAAUCAGUCUCAACACAACAAGACAAAUCAAUAAUUGCCGUGUUACAAUUUAAGAACGGGACUCUGUUUACACCAAAACCAACAUCAAACAUAACAGCAAAAGUGACAUCACUGGAUGUUAAAACAGCCGAAAACAGUUCCCAUUCAGAUACUUGGGCUGAGAGUGGAGGUAAAUUGUGUCAGAAAACAGCAUGGUGGCUGGGUUAUCCGGAGAGAUUAAAUAGAGAAUAUGCGAAAACCCGGUGUGGGUCACCGAAUUCUAAAGUUCAAUUGAACAUUGAAAUAUUUAAAGGAGAAAUAAUAAUUGACUGGAUCUACCAUGAACAUACAAUAUUACCGCCUGGCCCACGAGUGCUGAGAAUUGAGGUCCCCAAAUAUCACGCAAAAACUGAUACUAAUCCAAUACGCAUUACAGUUCCUGCACAUCAUUUGAGAAUUACCAAACAACCUCCAGCAUCAGUAAAAGCGAACCAUAAUUUCGAUGUUGAGGUCGAAAUUCGGGAUAGCAGCAAUAAACGAGUAGAAGAUGGCCUUGAUUCAGUGGCAUUUGUUAUAUUAACAGUUCCGUAUGACUAUAAGAAAUUCUAUGCCGACAAAAAGAGAGAAAUGAUUUUAGCUUCGUCAGAAGUCAUGCUGGACGCUGAUGAAUUUUUGCUACAUCUCAACACACGAGAUUUGUCUAUUCGUAAACAAGCGGUGAAGGGUAAAGUUGUUUUCCGAACUAUUCGAAUUUUAGAUGCAGUCCAUAAUUUUCAGUUAAAUUUAACGAUGACAAUGGCACGUGAUCCUUUUAUUAGAAUUCCAUCUUGUCCGUCUUGCUAUAUCGAUUUUGAUCACUAUCAUAUUUCAGAUGAUGGCAAAUAUUUUCUGUUCACUCGUGUGACAGGUGCGAAACAGGGGAAUAUAUUGCCUAUGAUUUUCACGUCUUUAAUAAGCAUCGAGGUUCAGCUUAUAUCGAAAUUAGUUCUCGAUGAAAAAGUGAAAGAAAGAUGGAAUAAAAUUCGAGAUCCCAAAACGAAAAGAAUCCCUAUAUUACUAAGUUCCUUCAUCCCUGGUGGAUUUUCUCUUAUUGCGUUGGAUAGCAGUGAUCAUCGAAUAUAUUCAGGGCCAGAUUCUGAUCGUUCAUUAUUUUUUCUAACAGAUCCGGUUGAUGUUUGUGUAUCAUCUGAUAAAUAUGCUAAGUUAAAAAGAGGAAGAGCUAUUAUAUAUAUAUCAAUAUGUGAGGUAAUUGACAAAGUAAAGUUAACGAUAUACCCUCACGGUAAAAAACAAAUUUCAUAUACCACACCAGAGUUUACUGUUCGAGGUAAUGUUUCAAUUGUCCACUUUGGAGAUCUUCACUACAGUGGGUCUGGGGAAAACGUUGAUUCUCACGUUAAUACUUUCAUUCAACUUGCUGUAAAUGACAUCAACAAUGGAAUAUUAGUUCCGUAUUUGAAAAAGAAAGGCAUGUGGUUCAGUGUAAAAAGCGUGGACACCAAGAACAAUGUAUCGAUUGCAUACAAAAAAUUAAUGUAUUUUACUUCAGAAAUUAAUUUGCUUCGUUAUGAUAGUAUACGUUUAGUGAUCAGUAGCGUGUCAUUAGAGAUCACUGAAGCCGUAUACCCAUUGCUUCUGAAAGGACGUUUGCCAUUUAUUUCAAUAGCUAACAUUGGAGGUGAUUUCUCCAGCAUCCAAAGAUACAAAUAUUUCAAUAGGAUUUGUUGGACGGAAGACUCUCUCAUCAACUCAGUACUUCUCGCUACGAAAGAGCGGAAAUGGUUUCAAAUAUUAAUAAUGCGUUACCACGACACUCACGUCAGCCCACUCUUUUACGUUUAUAUGAAUAAAUAUGGAAUCAAAUUGAUUGCAGAUAUUGUCCUUCCGGUUCUAAAGAAUAUAGAUGAAAAAAGUAUGUUUGCUAAGCAUUUCACGGCAGAAAUGUUAGAUACUGCCGCUUCAGGUUGUAAGAUAAUAUUUUUAUUUGCGCCUAAGUUUAUUCAACCUUAUGUAUUCCAUGAUGCAUAUUUGACUGGCAUCUCUGCGUUACAUGGUUUUCAAUGGGUUUUAUUUGGUGAAUAUGCCAGGCAAUUCCCAUUUGAUGAUGAGGGAGUAUGCAAUGGUACAGUGAAAUGCACUCAUGCAUUUGCAGGUACAAAUUUGUUUAGUGAACAAUAUAAUAUAAGCGGCUAUAGUUCAUCUGACUGGUUUCGAAUAUUCGGUAAUUGGUUUGCAGCCGACAAAACUAUAUACAAAGGCGGAAGCGUAAGCUACAGACCUAACUAUAUUGGUGCAAGAAUGGGGCUUGGAUACGAUGCUGUGCAUCUUUAUGCAGCCAUGCUGGCGCAAAUCAUCCGCCAUCAAACGACAGCGACUGGAGAACAACAAGUUGCUGAAUUACGAAAAGUUAAAAUUCAUGGUUUGACUUCUUAUCUGCAACUUGAUAGACAUGGGAACCGUAUUGGUUACUUCGGAUCUUUAGCUCAUAUAAAUCCUCGUUCAAAUCGGACAGGUUCAGGUGAAGAAAGAGUCACAGAAUUUAUAAGGUGCUUCCAAAAAAUCAACAACACUGCCCAACUAGAGAUCCCAUAUUCUGCAAAAGGAGAUUACCAAAGAUUUGACAUUGAAGCUCCACUCACACUACCACAUUCUACUCGAUAUAACUUACGCCGAUAUUGGUCUUAUUCUGGCAUGAUUGAUAUAAUCACACAAAGAUUGAUUAGAAAUCCCCGAGAAAGUUGGCCUCCAGUUAAGAUAAUGAGGACUGAGAAGGUCGUACCACCUUUCUUUUGUAAAAAGCCGUGCGGGAGAAAACUGGUAAGCCCCGAGGAUGUAACUAUUUUCGAUACUGGUACGUGUAUUUCAAAAGACAAAUGCAAAUGCAAAGAUGGGUACCAAGGUGCAAAAUGUCAUAUUGUGGAGUGUGGCUGUGACAAUGGUCAUUGCAUAGAACCAAGAGAAUGCAUAUGUAAAGAGGGUUAUGUUGGCCCCUACUGCGAAAAGGCAAAUUGCACCAAAUGCAAAUAUGGGACAUGUUCCAAACCGUUUGAGUGUCGUUGUCACACAUGGAUUUACACAGGGAAAUACUGUGAUGUGCAUGUCGGAUACAUCAUAUUAACUAUUGCAGCUAUUUUAAUAUCAAGCUUCUUCGUGUAUUUCAUUAUUACAAAAUUAAUAGAACACAGGCAAAAACGAGCAGCUCUCGCUAAUACUGACUGGAUUGUCGAUUGGUCAACUGUUGAAAUAUAUGAGACAAGCCAUGUCUCAUUUCCUUAUAACAGCAGAUGUGCAUCCAUGAUUCAGAGAUACAGAUGGAAAGGACAAGAAUGGUAUGUAAAAUUCAUUAACAGUAGUACAAUAGAUAGCAAAAAUGAAGCUCUUAUUCUCGAAAUGGUUAGCUUGGUUAAACUUAGACAUGAGAACCUUAUUCAAUAUGGUGGUGCUUGUCUGGUGAAACCCAAUGUCAGUCUGUUUGUCGAAUUCCUCGAUAAGGGAAGUCUAAAAGAUAUUUUACAAAAUGAAGCAGUUGAUCUUGGAUGGGAAUUCCGGUUCUCCUUUCUGAAAGACAUAUGUCGUGGUAUGGAAUUUAUUCACAACAAAACAGAUAUCAAGUCCCACGGUCGUCUGAAAUCUUCAAACUGUUUAUUAAACAAUCGGUGGACAGUACGCCUCACUGGUUUUGGGGCAAAUAUUAUUCGUUUUGGGGAGAAGAGGAUUACGAAAUCAGUUCACAGCAAGAAAGAGCUAUUCUGGACAGCUCCUGAAUUGUUAAAAAAUGUCUCAGAUUUAGAUGGAAUCAAAUCUGGUACACAGCCUGGUGAUGUUUAUUCAUUCGCAAUAGUCACAAGUGAAAUUAUUACUAGAGCGCCCCCUUAUAAAUACGAACUCUAUUAUUUAUCAGUAAAAGAAAUUAUAGGUUUAAUAACAUAUGAAUCUAGCAAGGCGAUACGGCGAAUUUGGGAAGAUAUCGGUGGAAAGGCCAUGCUUUACACAAGACCAAUUAUAAAAGAAGAACUUUUCCCGACAAAUACAACCACUCAUGAGUUAUUUGCCAAAAUGAUUGCACAAUGUUGGCAGGAUGAACCUUUAGCGAGGCCUGUGUUCGGUACAAUUCAUCAAAUGCUUACAGAAAUACAUCCAGGGAAAGGUGAGUUUAAAGAUAAUUUAAUUGAUCGGUUGGAGACGUAUUCUAGUAGUUUAGAAGUUGUCGUCAUUCAAAGAACAAAAGAACUUAAAAAGAGCAAGGAUAAAGCAGAAAGGCUCCUUGGCGAAAUGCUUCCAAGGAAAGUAGCGAACGACAUAAGAGAAGGAAACAAAAUUUAUCCAGAGUAUUUUGAAUGUGUCAGUGUAUUCUUUAGCGAUGUCACCAAUUUCUCCAAUAUUUGCAACGAGAGUAAAGCAUUCGAGGUUGUGGACUUUUUGAAUGAGAUUUAUAAUGCAUUCGACAAAGUUCUCGAUGAUUAUGAUGUUUAUAAAGUAGAAACUAUCAGUGACUCAUAUAUGGUGGUGAGUGGUCUCCCAGAGAAGAAUGAGAAUCGCCAUGCUGGAGAAAUUGCAACAAUGGCUUUAGAUCUGAUGUCAACGGUGACGGUGUUUGAAAUACCACAUAUGCCAAAAUCUACUUUACAAUUACGAAUUGGAAUACAUUCAGGACCAGUGGUUAGCGGUGUGGUUGGUAAACUUAUGCCUCGGUAUUUUUUGUUCGGAGACACUGUGAACACAGCUUCGAGGAUGGAGUCCAGUUGUUAUGCUCUGCGAAUUCAAGUGAGUGAGACUACAGCUGGCAUUCUUGAAGAAUUAGGGGGAUAUGCCUUGGAAUCAAGAGGCCAGAUAAAUGUGAAAGGACGAGGGAUGAUGACAACCUACUGGCUUUGGGGCAAAGACACCUUCAAAAAAAUAUUGCCGGAUCAAUCUCUCGCUUUGAGAAUUUCUAAACACAAAGUUAAGUGAGAA